GAAAGUGUUGCAUUUCCGUUUUGAGAGAAAUGUAUCAAAUUUAGUUAUUAUAAACUAAUUUUAAACGAUGGCGGUAAUAUUAGAAACAUCGCUUGGUGAUUUAACUAUAGAUCUUUACACAGACGAAAGACCGCGAUGUUGCCUAAAUUUUCUAAAGCUCUGCAAGAUCAAGUAUUACAAUUUUUCUCUCUUCCACUCAAUACAGCGGAAUCUUGUCGCUCAGACAGGGGAUCCUACUGGAACUGGACGUGGUGGUGAAUCUUUGUUUGCCCAACUUUAUGGUGAGCAAGCCAAGUUCUUCGACAUGGAGACUACUCCUCGGAUUAAACACAAGAAGCAUGGAACUGUUUCUAUGGUUAACAAUGGUAGUGGAAUGCAUGGAUCACAGUUUUUCAUCACUCUGGCCGAUAGCUUGGAUUAUCUGGAUGGAGUGCACACAGUGUUUGGUGAGGUAUCUGAGGGAUUGGAUGUUCUCUCCAAGAUCAAUGAAGUGUUCUGUGAUACCGAACACAAACCAUACAUUGACACAAGAAUCUACCACACAAUCAUUAUCGAUGACCCCUUUGAUGACCCACCAGACCUACAAAUACCAGACCGGUCCCCAGAACCAACAAAAGAGAUGCUUGAUAGUGGCAGAAUUGCCGCUGAUGAAGAGAUUGAUGACACCAAGGGGAAAUCAGAACAUGAGGUUAAUGAGAUGCUGGCAGAGAAAGAAGCUAAAGCCAAUGCCCAACUUCUUGAAAUGGUUGGAGAUCUCCCCAGCCAGGAUGUGAAGCCUCCGGAUAACGUCUUGUUUGUCUGCAAACUCAACCCAGUGACCACGUCUGAGGAUCUCGAGACUAUCUUUUCACGAUUCGGAGAGAUUAUCAGCUGUGAAGUAAUAAAAGAUCAGAGAACAGGUGAAUCCUUGCAGUAUGCCUUCAUAGAGUUUGAAAAGGAAGAGGAUUGUGAAAAUGCUUACUUCAAGAUGGACAAUGUGUUGAUAGAUGACCGGCGAAUUCAUGUUGACUUCAGCCAGUCUGUCUCCAAAAUGUACCAUAAGAAAGGGAAGAAGGCAGGAGACCUUGAACUUGCUGGCCAGUCACUGAUUCUGAAGAACAAGGGCAGAAGAAAAGAUGGAUAUGAUUUAGUUUUUGAAGAUGAUGAAAGCCACAGGGGUUCAGAUAAAAAGAUGAAAAAGAAAAAAUCCAAGCAUAGACAUGCAAGCAGUGAGAGCAAUUCAUCUGAUAAUGGCAAGAAUAAACAAAAACAUAAAAAGAAGAAAUCGAGGAAGAACAGUAGUCCUCCAAGAAGACGAUCAAGAUCCAGAUCAAGAUCACGAGAUCGUUCCAAGAAGGAAAGAGAAAAACUUGAUUAUAGAAGAGAAAAAGAAGAAUAUAAAAGAGACAGAAGGAGAAGUUACAGUCCAGAGGAAUAUAAAACUUAUAGUCGGAACAGAGAUGAUGCAGACAGACACAGGGACACAAGACAGGACCGAAAUCGCUAUAGGUGAUGAUGUCACAGUUUGCUGAUGACAGCAAAUAUCAGAGGCCAUAUAGAAAUGAUUGUGGUAGACAGACGUAAAAGAAAGCAAGUGAAGUCGAUACAAGUGACUAUGCAGUUUUGACAGAACAGAAUAAAUAAUAGUUCAGAAACAAGGACACAGAAAUGGAAAAUCGUACAUGUGGUUUGAUACAUUCCUAGAGAUAAAAAAAAAUGUAAAGGGGAAGAGAUUGAUUGGUGAUGACUGCAUUACUAUUUCAUGAUGUACGUAGAUGAAACCAGAAUGAUUUUGAAAAAUACAAGAAAAGAUAAUAUAUCCAAAGCGAUUACAGUAUGUGAAUGCAUAUUGAUCAUGGGCUGUGGAACAUGAGCUGCAAUAUAUUCUGGCAUUCAAAUACAUGUAUUUACAUCCACCAGACCAUUGAUCUGACAGCGCUCCAACCCAUUUUCAAAUAUCUGUACAGGCCAGGAGCCCUGUUAAUUAAUCUAUCAUGAAAUGAACUGUUAUCACCAAUCCUCCAAACAAUUUGCGUCAAUAAUAGUCAUCACCUAACUAGUUGGGUUUUUUGUUAUACUUUUCUUAGUAUCUAGUUGUUAUAAAUGUCUAUCUUUAACGGUCAUGGCAUAUUUUCAUAAUAAGUAGGGUUAGACUUUAACCCACGUUUUGGGAACGGAGAAAAUCAAGGAUGAUGGAAAUUGGACACACAUCAUCUUGUUUCAGAUGGCAUACACAAUUUGUGAAUUUCACCUGUUUUGUUUAUGAGAUUUUGGUGCUACACUUCUCAUGCCAGCAACUUGGAUAAUGGUGCCUUUCAUAAUCAUGAAUAAAGUGAACGUUGGCAUGUCCCUCACAGAGUGCUGUCUGGUUAUCAGUAUAAGUAAAUUGAAUGAACGAUAAAAAACUAAAUGUAUGAAAGAAUAAUGUACUAAGUGAUAACUGGAUCUAUGUAUUUCAGUGGGUCAACAUAUUUAUUCAGCAGGUGUGAGGUUUAGCCAAGUUGCUACACCUCCACCCCCUCCCAUUUUGGUUAGGUAAUUAGUUUUGCAUUUAUGUGAAAUGGGGGGUCUUGCUUAUUAUUGCCACCAACCAUCAUGAUGUUCUCUCCCUCUAUUAAAAAAUCAUAGAUCUACGUCUCUUCAAUUUCAUGUCUAACAAAAGUUUAAUGACACCACUAGAAGUUGAACACAUUGAUUAUUUAAUUAUUUCCUAUUGGAUGUUAAAUAUUUGAUAAUUCUGACAUAUAGUCUUUGAAGAAGCCUACUACAUUUUAGCAGCAAUGGAUCGUUUGUAUCCAAUUUCCCACAGAUAGGACAGAACGUAUCAUUUGUUUUCAUAUGCCAGCCAUGGGGUACUGGUUGGCAUGGGUGGGGGGAGGCAAAGAGAAAUAAGGCAAGGGGAAAGAAGGCAAGUGGAUUCCAUUCUACAACUAAAGCACCUCAGGCAAGCACUCUCAUGAUGAGCUAGAUCUUUCCCAUAUGUCCGUAAAACCAGUGCUGAAUAAACAUUUAAAAAAGGUUGAUACAGCAAUGUUAUAUAUCAGUUUCAUCUUUCUACUAAAGUGUCUUAGGCAGACAUGAUUUUGUAUAACUUAAACAUUAAUUUGUAUUGACAUGCGAUCUUGCAAUGCGUGGGUACAGUGAAUUGUUACAAUAUAAAGUAUUCCAAUAUGGACAUUAAAAAAAAUUCAUUGUGUUGGGUGUAAGAAUGGCAAAUGGUAUUAUCUGAAACCACCAGACUGUAGAAAAAUUAAAUGGCCAAAAACGU